AAACUAUAGCUUCCGCUGCCUGAACUGUGCCGCAAAAGGACGAAGAGUUAACCGAGAGGGAGGGAUGAGCGUGGCAUCUACAGCAGCGUACGCAGCUCGGAGAGCAGCCCAGAAGGAGAGGGUUCGGAUCCUGUACAGGCGAGCCCUCAAGGACACUCUCAACUGGGCUGUCCAUCGCCACCUCUUCUACCAAGAUGCUUCAGACCUCCGUGAGCGUUUCGACGCCAACAAACACGUGGAAGACCUUGACACAAUUGAUAGAAUGAUAGCUGAUGGUGAAGCAAGUCACAAUAAGUGGCGGCACCCUGAUCCUUAUAUUGUUCCUUGGGCUCCUGGAGGUUCAAAGUUCACUCGAAACCCAACUCCGCCAUCUGGGAUUGAGAUAGUAUACAACUAUGGUCGAGAAGACAAUGACUAAAACCUGCUUUCUAUUUGUGGCAAUAAAUAAAGAUUGACAUGGUCAAUGACUCCAAAGAUGAUGAUGCUUUGUAUGAUCAAGGUUGGUGUCUUUGAUGCUUUUUAUAUGUGAUGCCAAAUGGUGGCUUUGAACUUUUGAACGCCUGAGAUGUUCACUUGCUCAUUCAUGUUUAUUUGGUUUUCCCUGGAAGUGGAAUAUAAAAGACCUCCCCAAGUGUUAACUUAGCA